AUGUCUGAACAACCACUUCCCUCUCUGAACGUUGAUGGAUAUGCCAAUGUAUCAGUUUCUUAUUAUUUCCCAACAUGGUUAGGUUAUGCAACCAUCUCGAACAGUUCCUUCUUUUUCAUUGCCUAUGUAUUGCUGACAUGGACGAUUGUAUUUGUGGCCAUACAAUCUCUCACUCAACUUCUCAGAAUUGUGAACGAUGUUUUAACUAUUUACGCCAGAGAGACUGCUGAGACCGAGCGAUUAGUGGAAUGGAGUUUUUUUACUGCCUUGAAUACCAUAUCGGGAGUGACCACGUUCUUUACCUUCAUCAACAUAAUGUCACUCUUUGUCAUUUUGUUUUUUGUACAGCAAGUAUUUUGGCAAACGGCUAGAUUAGUAAGAGCAAUUUCACAGCAAGUUCACAACAUUAUUUCGAUAGUCAUGCGUAUUGUCAAUGGAAUUUUUCUUAUUGUUGGUGCAUGUACAGUCAUAUUGGGUGCAGUAUUUUAUGCUUGCAACCGAAUGGGAUUUAUCAAUAACACAACCACAACCAUAGUAUUUGCAUUGUGUUUUGCCAUUAUUGUGAGCAUGCUUCUAUUUUAUACUGUAAUGGUGUUGGCGAGUGGAAUUAUUGUUUUAAAAACAAUCAAACAAACAAGUACUUCCAACAAGAUAUUGACACAUACCACAGAUCAGAAACCUAUCGAACGCACAGAUUCCAGAUCUUCGUUUGACAUUAGAAAUUUUGAGAAGAAGGUUCAAAACCCUUUUAAAAUCACAUUUGGAUUGUUAGGAGCACUUUUAUUUUGUGUAUUCAUGGAAAUUAUUGCAGGUGGUCUUGCAUCUACCAUGACCAAUGUGGACAUUAUGAGACUCAUAAUGGAAACCAAAGAAAGAGAAUGCAUUCAAAGAAAUUGA